CAAUCAUCGGCAUUACUCGUCUUUUUCCGGCGUGUACCAGUCAUUUAGCUAGCCAAGCUGAUUAGCCAGGCUACUACAGCUAAUGUUUGUAGGAAAUUUAACGUUCGGGGAAUUAGACUGAAUGAUACAAACAGUGUAGAAAGAUGGCGGACGUAAAGGGACAAGGAGUUUGCUCCUCGGUCCCUCCGUUGCCUCGCCCUUCCUCCCGUAACGGCUCCGGUAGCGGCAGCGUUACGCCAGACACCGGCGGCAGCUGGCAGACGCCAACCACCGUUACUUCAGGCCCCAGGCUGGUGCGGAUAGUGAAGUCUGACUCGGGCUACGGCUUCAACGUUCGGGGGCAAGUAAGCGAAGGCGGACAGCUGCGGAGCAUUAACGGGGAGCUGUACGCUCCUCUGCAGCAUGUGAGUGCUGUCCUCCCCGGGGGAGCUGCAGACAGAGCCGGUAUCUCAAAGGGGGAUAGGAUCCUGGAAGUCAAUGGUGUAAAUGUAGAGGGAGCCACACACAAGCAGGUGGUGGACCUGAUCCGGGCUGGCGAGAAGGAGCUGGUGCUGGCAGUUCUGUCCGUCCCACCGCAGGAAGCCGACUGCCUGGAUCCUGGUGACGACGUGUCGGCCCUGUCCUGUUAUGACUACUCUGACAAGCAGGCCGUCCCGAUCUCCAUUCCGAGCUACAAACACACUGAACUCAAUAGUGAAAAGUUUGUGGUAUAUAAUGUGUACAUGGCUGGUAGGCAGCUGUGCUCCAAGCGUUAUCGGGAGUUUGUGAUUUUACACCAAAACCUUAAGAGGGAAUUUGCCAACUUUACGUUCCCCAAACUUCCUGGGAAGUGGCCUUUUUCACUCUCUGAGCAGCAGCUAGAUGCACGGCGCCGAGGCCUGGAGGAAUACCUCGAAAAAGUCUGUUCAGUACGGGUAAUUGGAGAAAGCGACAUCAUGCAGGAGUUCUUGUCUGAAUCGGACGAGAACUAUAACGGUGUUUCAGACGUGGAGUUGAGAAUAGCCAUGCCAGAUAAUACUACCCUCACUGUUAGAGUUCGUAAAAACUCCACUACAGACCAGGUUUAUCAGGCCGUGGUCAUGAAGCUUGGCAUAGACAGUAUAACUGCUAGCUACUUUGCUCUGUUUGAGGUCAUCAACCAUACCUUCGUGCGUAAACUGGCCCCCAACGAGUUCCCCCACAAACUUUAUGUACAGAACUAUACCUCAGCCAUCCCAGGAACCUGCCUCACUUUGCGAAAGUGGCUCUUCACCACAGAAGAAGAGAUCUUGCUCAAUGACAACCAACUUGCUGUCAGCUACUUCUUUCACCAGGCAGCUGAUGAUGUGAAGAAAGGCUUCAUUAAAGUUGAGCAGAAGUCUUAUCAGCUCCAAAAACUGGCAGAGCAGAAGAAGAUGUCCAUGUACUUGAGUUUGUUACGGAGCUGUGAGGGCUACAAUGAGAUCGUAUUCCCUCAUUGUUCCUGUGACUCCCGACGUAAAGGCCAUGUGAUCACAGCCAUCAGUAUACAUAACUUUAAGCUGCACGCCUGUACAGAAGAAGGUACUCUGGAGAGCCAGGUGAUUGCUUUCGAAUGGGGGGAGAUGCAGAGAUGGGACACAGACGAAGAGGGCAUGGCUUUCUGUUUUGAAUAUGCACGGGGAGAGAAGAAGCCGCGCUGGGUGAAGAUUUUUACUCCUUAUUUUAACUACAUGCAUGAGUGCUUCGAGAGAGUCUUCUGUGAGCUGAAGUGGAGGAAAGAGGUGGAAGAGGAGGCCACAGACAAGGACAACAAGAACUGCAGUAAAGAUGGUAUGUGUGGAAAGAAUAUUUUCCAACUGUUGAGGCACAGAAGAGAUGGGGGCACGUAGGGGGAGAACAUUGUCACCGACUCAGCUGAGUGUUUACCCUGACCCAGUCUCACUCAGCCAAGAACUUACAUGGUCAUCAUUUACACUCCAUUAACUACAACACAGGACGCUGCCCCCUACAUGUUAACCAACAACCAUCUGCUGAAAAACAUGAAAACACAAGCAUUAAAAAAAAAAAAGAAACUACAUGACUCAUGAGCCAGAACUUUAUGAACAUGUGUUAAACUAAAGCUUUGGCAGACCUAAAGUGAAGGAUUCAUGCAAGGUGUUCUUCCUGGUCAGAAGUGGAUUGUAAGCAGGAUGAUUUAAACUUUUUUUUUGUUGUUUUUUUGGAGCUGAAGAAAAACUAUUGAAGUGAAUAAUCGGUGCAAAAACAAGGACAACUGAAAGCAUUCAGAGAAAGGAGCAAAGACAAGAAAAAAUUGCUAUUCUUAUCCGUUGUGGGGGCAUGAUAUCCACAUCUGGUGGAGAAGAGUCAAAGAUCCUGGGAUGUAACUUACAGUUAAAUCGGGUUACAUGUUGACAAUUUUCACAAAUUUUGCUCUGAAUUUGCCUCUAGAAAGAAUCAAAAAGCCUGAAUGUAGCAGGUAAAACAAAUGCAUUUGUUAGUUUUAUUUUUGGGGAUGCACAUGGAGCUGGAACUUGGAUUUACACUAAUGUUGCACUUUAUCAAACUGUAUUCAUAAAGCUUCAAGAUGUGCAGAUUGAAACCUCAGACAUUACACAUGGUUCAAUACUGGAAUAAGCUUAGGCUGGAUGUGACAUUUUGACUGACUGAAUUAUAAACUGAUUCCCCAACUGGUGUUAAAGCCAUGACUUAAACCUUAGUGUGCAGGUUCUUCUCAAUAAAGUAGAAUAUCUUGAAAUAGUUAUUUCAUGAAAGUAUUUCAAUUAAAAAAAUAAUUUCCGUUAAUUCUAAUGACUGUGGCUUGAAGACUCUAAAUUCUGUUUUUCAGAAAGUUUUUGUAUCAGACAUUUCAAAUCACGGCCUGCAGAGUCAUAGAUGACGUUGGCUGUUCUGAGUGUUGAAUUUAAUGCUUUUAAUGCAGUGCGAGCAUAUAGGAUCACUGAGUGGAAGGAAGACAUUAUCUUGACAUGUGUGUUAGCUUGUGAAGCAGCAGAUGAAGUCGGUUUGUUUUUUUCUGUUGCUUGUGCGCGUGUUUCACUACGCACAAUAUUCCUAAUAUGCUUGGAUAUGCACUGUGAACUGCACCUUCUUCAGAAAUAUCAGUGUAACACAUAAAAUAAAAUUUCUUUGUUUAAAAACUCCCUGUUUAUUUGUCUUAUAGCGUAAUAAAAUGUUUUGAGAAACAGAAUUUUGGGUUUUUUAGUAGUUCUGAGCCAUAAUCAUCAAAAUUAACUAAAAUAAAUGCUUUAAAGAUAUAACUCUGCAUGUAAUGAGUGAAUUACUGAAAUACAUGUUACGUCCUGAUGAGACUCUGUUUUAUUUAGAUGACCCUGUACCUACAGUAUUAGGAGAACCAUCCAUGCCAAUAUGUUUUAGGGGUAUGGUACUGUAGAAAAUUAUAUUCAGGGUGCAUUACCUAGAACAAGCAGCAGGGGUCCUUCUGCUCUUUCCUGCCCUCUGGUUCACAGUGGUUACUUUGUCUCUGGUCGCUCCCACAGGAUUUAUAUUAGGCUUGAAAUUCAAGCGGCUUUUCCACACCACAGUGUUGAUCUCUGUGGACGGUACUUUGCCGAAUUGGUGAGCCACCCAUCCACAGCAGAAUUCAGGCUUAGUUAUGCGACAGUCUCUUAUCAGAAGGAAAUGUUUUCAUCUUUAUACAAGAAGGCAAAUAGGCUCCAUCAAUUAAGGCUUUCUUGCAACUGAUCUUAUUGCUGAAAUCUAAUAAUGGAAAUAUGAAGUUUAAUGUCAAAUAAAAGCUAAUAACGUGAUCCUGCAGUACAGAUAUCAACUUGAAAACUAAACUGGAAUGUAAUUUUUUUUUUGUUUAACUCUGUAAGAGACUGAUAGUAUUUGCUCGUUAUUAAGUUUUGUCUCCCCAGUCUAAUGUCGGCCUGUUUAUGUUGUAUUUUAAUCUAAUCUUAUUGACUUUAAUUGCAACUAAAAAUCCUUCUGACAUGUUCAUCUUAUUUGAAAAGCUUCCAGUCAUUUGACACUAGUUUUGUGCAAGUCUUUCAUCAUCACUUAUUUCUUUACAUUGUACUUUCAAUGAGUCAGAUUUUGUUUAAGUCUUUUAGAGAUAUUGUAAUUCUUCGGUGCUCCCUAAGAGAUUUUCUUUGAAAGUUGGCUGCUUUUUGUAAGUUUUCAGUCUUGUGUCCAACCAUUCAGAUAUUUAUUAGUUGGUUAAGCAACUUAAUUUCCACCUCAGAAUAAUUCAGAUAAAACGCCUACUGAUUUCACAGUGUGUAAAGUAUUGUUCCUCCUUCUGUGAUUGAAUUAAUUGAAUACCAAAGAUAAGAGAUUGAAACAUAUACAGGGUUCCAAAGCACUCUCAAAAUAUGUGGAAUGUAAUUUUUGUAGUUUACUCCAUAGAAAAAGAAAUACAAGUAUAGCAAAUAUUUAUAUUACCAGACUCAAUACCUUUUUGCAGAAUAUCAGAUUUUUCCAAAAUAAGUAUGUGCAACCAGAAAUCUUCACACUGAUUGCCUCUGUCUUUUACCUCUACCUUAGACAGCUGUUGGAAUUAUGUAAACAUUUUAAAUUAAGAUGCAUCGAACGGAGCAUGUAACAUGUAUCUUAUGGGUUUCAGUGUGAUUGCUCAGGUGACUGUUAAAAGCUAAACAAUCUAAGCUUUUUUUGAAUUAAGUGCAUCAUAUCCAGCCGCUACCAGGUUACUCUUUAAGUGUGAAAAUUAUCACCAAAUGAAAAAGUUACCGAAUUAGCUACAUGUUUCAUAUGUUGAGAAAUGUUUAGAUUUUACAGGCUGCACGAAAAGUGUAAGAGUUUAAACGGAUAACAGGAAGGCUGAAAGUAGUAUAAUGAAGAUACUCUGCUUUGAUGUCUACCUCUAUCUUAAAUGUUACACAUUGGAUUUGGAAAUGCUUGCUGUCUUUUGGAAACUUCCCAGAUCAACAUUUUGUAAGGAAUAAACAGGGAGACUUCUGCUUUAGUAAUGCUACACAUGCUAACUGCUGAUAUGAGAUGCUUAAAACAAUAGAAAUGAUCAAUUCCAUAGUAAUUUUGUCCAUGUUUUAAAAAUAUAAACCCUGAGUUAUACUGACUGCUCUAACCCCAACUCUUUGCUUCUUUUGUAAAUACUUAAUAACAAUUCAUGGCAGGAAUACUAAAGAGACAUUUUGUACACCGUUCUUAAGUGUUAUUACAAGUGCUUAAUCAUCCAGAAUGUCUGCAACUCAAAACUUUACAAAAGCUGGUGAUCAACCAAAAUAUUCUGAUCAAUGCAUCUCUAAUCAUAGUCCUAGUAAACAUAGAUGUUUCAUGAACAGAUGCUACCUUAGUGAUUGACCAGGUAAUAGAAAGUGAGCUAUGGAUUUUUUUUUCAUAGAUUUGUUUGGAAAACACCUUUAUUGACAGUAUUUGUCUUUUUUUUUAUUCACUAAAUGAUUGACCGACGUAGGAUGCAUCUUUCGUGUUCUGUGUAACAUCUUUUGAUAUUUUUUUCCGUGCUAUUUAAACAACAAAAAAAACAUUAUUUUGUGACGUUCUAGUACAUGUUUGUUUUUUCUCGAGCCUUGUUUUUCCAAGACUUUUGUUUGUCCUACUUAUUUCCUUUUUGCACAAUGAUUGGGUACAAGAGCUAAACUCUCAAUGACAAAAAGUAGCCAAAAUCCAAAGAAAAACAUUGAAUGACCUUCAGAAAGUCUGGAAAAUUAUUGAUUAAAAAGACUUUAGAGGACUACAAGAAACCCUGACUGAUUGAACUGAACUGAAAAGAUGAUUAAUUGAUUUAAUUUUUGCAUAGCACUGAAGAAAGAUGAAUCAGUUGACCCGAGAUUGGGAUCAGAUCUACUCUGAUCAGUGAUUGGGAGGUUAAAUACUGAAAAUAUGAGUCCCACCAUUAGGAGUUUAUGAACAUCCAACAGCUUAGACCUUUUUGCUGCGAUAAAUGAAUAGGGAUAAUUUUGUCUUGUUAUUCCCUCAUGUUCUGUUGGAUUCAAAACUACUACCUCUACCACAUAACCUGCAGCACAUAUUAUUUUCUAUUUUAUGUGCUAUAGCCUUUAAAAUAAUAAUUAAAAAUCAAAAAUGGUCAGAUUUAUAGUGACCAAUAAAAGCCUGAUCAAUGCAUUUUUGUUGCUGUAUAUGAUUAAAUCAGUCAUCAAGAUGAUCAUAUUAAUAAUACAGAGGUCACUGAUCACCAAUCGGGGUUAAAUUUGUAUUGCCACUUCCGCUCUGUCAUUCAUGAUUAUGUUGUUGAAACUAAUUCUCAAUCCACUAAAUAAGGUUAAAUGCUAAUAAACAGUUGAUGAUCUGCCCAAACUCGACUCCAUCAGCUAAUCAGGACAUAAGAAUUGUUUUGGUUAUCUACAAGCAUUUGUACAAUUCACAUCAGUGGCUUUUUUUAAGUUUGUUUGUUAUAGUGAUAGCACUGUUCACAAAAGCCAUUCUAGGUGAUUAAUGAGUUUAAGCAGACCUCUGUGGGUUCGUACAGGGGCUUUAAUUUAGAGUGCGCCUCCUCCAAUUGAAAGAUUGAAUGUGCAGCCCUGAAGGCCGAAAACAUUUCGUUGGCUUCUUGUCUGUUCACUGAACCAAGUCUGACAUAGCCAAUUGUCUGACACCUUCAAGUGUGCACUCUCUACAUCCUUGUUCUGUAGACAAAACAAUGUUACUUUAUUUAUUUUGCUACGGCAGUGUUAAAUUGAGAUAAUUGGGUAUGGAGAUCAACCUGCAAAACUUUUGACAUGUUGAAAUGUAAAGUUUAAAAAGAGGCGUCAGUUAUUGAAAUAAAUUGUAACAUAUUCUUUUAAAUAAACUGAUUUACUGAUGCAA